UCCGGUAAUAGCGCGGAGUGUGCCCCUCGUCGUCGGAAAUCAGUGAUCACGGCAAAGGGAAGGCACGAUACGUACCGCGUUACACGUAUUUCGCUCCCGCCGCCCGCCUACGAGUUUACGCAGUGAGAGUUUCAUAUCAGUGCACGACAGUUUUGUUCUUUGCUCUGUGUGGAUUAUCAUAUUGGAUAUAUACUGCGCUCCGUCGCCAGACAGCCCACGUCGCAGAUCGCAGCCGGGAGAUCGACAAUCCGCCUGGCAAAAUCUCCUCCCCCGGAGGAAUCCCGUGAGAGAAAGGAAACGCGGAAACACGGACUUCCCUCCGGCAAUUACCGGGACGAUCCUUCACGUCGCCCGGAAAGCAGAGCUUGGGGGAUAAGGAUCGACGAAUGGGAAUUUAUACGUUUUAAAUUCAUCCCUGAAGUGGGCCGCACAUGUUAUGGUACAGCCUGCAUAACGACCGUUCGACAUAUGGCACUGCGAUGAGCGAGAUGCAGAAACAAAGUCGGCGCUGCUCGGAGGUGGAGGUUGCGCUUAUGCGCCCUGUAAGCACAGCUGGCUAAUAGCCUCGGAGCCCGUCCCCGACACCCUGCAGCCACACCAGGUAACUUGAUGGAAAAUUAUGAGAUUGCCGCGGUAGCGCCUGGGCUUCUGACUUAUUCUAGAUUAGCAGUCGGCGUGACAUGGAUGUGAGCUUCACGAACGUGUUAGAGGGGGCUCGCCAGUACUUCCAGGGACUGCCCGUACCGAGUACAGGUGGUGCGGCCACGUCGGUGGAUCACAAUCUCCACGCGACAUCCUCUACAAAUUCCGCUUCAUCUACGUCGACAACGGCGCAAGAUGGCGCUUCGUCGCAGCCGACUCAAUCAACGCAGUCGAUCUCGACUUCCGCCAGCAGCGGUAACAAUAGCAACAAUAGCAUCCAGGAGUCGAGUCGGUAUUCCGCCGACAUCAGACCGUCAUCGUCGGUGGAGAGCAGUGUUGCGACUUCCGCUUCUAGCUUUUGGAGUCCGCAUGUGGAACCUUAUCCGCCACAGCCGACCAGGGUCGAAGUUCCGGACACGAGGCCAGGGGACGAAAGCGCCGCCAUGGAGCCUAGUUCUUCCUCGGGUACCGUUACUCUAACCGAGAUGCAACCUUCUAAUCAUCAAUCCUCCUCCGUCGUCGCAUCGUCGUCAAGCUUUUCGCAGAGACCGCCGGCGUCGUCAUCGACUUCGUCCACCUCGUCGUCCAGCGAUCACAGCCAUCAUCAGCAUCAGUUGCAAACGUCGAAUCCGUCGUCGUCGCAUUUGCACCAGAUGCAACCGCCUCAGCCGCCACAUUCCCCCGGUCCGGUGUACCAGCAGCUCAACAGUGUCAGCAGAACGUCCUUCAGCGCGGCUGAGAUGCUCGCCUCCUCCUCGUCGCACGCGACCUAUCAGAACGCCAACAGCAACGAACGGCCGUCGCAGCCGAUCGUCGCGCAGAGGACACAGUACUAUCCGCGCUAUCAUCAUCCGGACAUCACCAAGUGUGCGCCGGCUCCGUUCUCGCAGAGCUCCAUUUAUCAGUCGGCCAGCGUAGCUCAGCCAUCCAGCACGAUUCAGCAGCCGAGCACGAGACCGACGCCGGUGGAGCAAAGCAACGCGACGUCGUCUAGCGUUGUCGUCGCGCAAGGACAUUGUGCGCCGGAGCAGCAACGAGUACCCGGUACUUACGGCGGCCACGUGCCGCCCGCUCAAAGUCCUCUCAGCGGAUCCACGAUGUACGGAUCGGGCCCGUCGCAGAAUUAUCGGGUCUCCGCGGGCCAGCAUCAGCAGCCGACUCAUCGUCCGACCGUCGCUCCCGCCUCGGGUGUCGGCGACAGAACGUAUAAUUCGGACGGACCGCACUCUUCCACCGCGCCCUCCUCCUCCUCCUCGUCGCCGGCGGUCAGCCCGCGUCAGUCCGCAGCGGGUAGCUCCACCUCCAGUCACAUUCCUUCGCAGACGCAGCCGCAGAAUCUUCCGGGGCACAUUCCUUCGUCGCAUCUGCCAUCCGUCGUCUCCUCGGUGCAUCAUCAUCAUCAGCAUCAGCAGCAGCAGCAGCAGCAGCAGCAGCAGCAGCAGCAGCAGCAGCAGCAGCCGCAUCAGCAGCAGCAGCAGCCGCAUCAGCAGCAGCCGCAUCAGCAGCAGCCGCAUCAGCAAUCUCAUCCUAGUCGUAUGAACGCGACGCCGCACGGCUCUCCGUCCGGUAAUCGUGUGUUGCCGCCGCCGCACGGCGCGCCGUCGUCAUCCUCGAUCGUGACAAAUCACUCGCAGCAGCAGAUGCCACCGCCUCCGAGCGGCUAUCACGUCGCGACUACGCCGUCGCCGCAUCACGAGGCACCGCCGCCGCCGCGCCACGCAACCCCGUCGCCGCAUCACGCGACACCGUCGCCGCAUCACGCGACGCCGUCGCCGCAACGGCAAUCCGGUCUGCACAAUCCGCACGCUUCUCCGUCGCCUCAUCACACUCCCUCGCCGCACAACGGAUUUCAGCCGCGCUCACCGACGUAUCCGCCGCCGCCGCCGCCGCCGCCGUCGAGAUCGACUCCGCACUCGUACAAUCUGCCGCCGGCGACUUCUCAGCAUUAUCAGACGACAGCGGCGGCUUACGCGACGGCGAGCAAUCCUUACGCGCCGCCGCCGCCACCACCGUCCCAGUCUUCGUACCAUUCCUUCCAGAAGAGCCCGCAACCGAGUUCUCAGGCGAGCAGUUACUACUCCCAGCCCGGCCGAUCUCACAAUCAGUCGUACGGUAUGCAGCAGAUGUUGGUGCCGCCACAGACGGUAUUUUCCGGCACUCCCGCCAGCAAUAAUCUGAGCAGCUAUCAGCAGAGCGGCAAACACGCGACGUACAACGGCGCGGACACGGCGAAGAGGAGCGCGAUGGACGUCGCGGCUGCCACGCCCUACGGAACGCACCGGCCAGCUGCGCAAAGGAGCAGCAACACGCACAAUCUGCCACCGAUCGCCGCUCUUUCGUCUUACCAUUCCAAUAGGCGGGAGUCUCUGGGAAAAUUGGCGCAAUCGACAAUGCAGCGGCAACGAACGCUGCAUUCGACGAGCGCGGCCAGCAAAAUCCCGUCUGCCGUGAUGCCGUCGACGCCGUCGUCGAUGACGAUGCCGCCGCAGAGGCUCGCCGAGUAUCCGAUGACUCCGGUCUCGGCUAUGAAUCACGCGAUACCGGUGAACGGCAGGACGACGACCGUGACGAACAUGACGUACGGCUCCCGGUACAGUCAGCAGGGUUACCCGUCGUCGUACGCCACCACCAUGGCGCCCAGUCAUCACGGCAAUUCCACCAGCAGCACUACGGUCACUUCUAUUGGUCACAGCAGUGCUGGCGCCACGAGGUCUUCCGUUCCGACGAUCCACGCGUAUCAGUCUUCCGACGAGCCGGAUCGAUCGGCGGGAUCGUCGUCCUAUCAUCAUCACCAGCCGUCGACGCGAAUGACGGCCGAGACUUACGGCUACAAAGAGUAUCCUCAAUAUCAGAACUCAACGUCGUCCGGCGGUGCUCAAGCUGCUCCGAUCGGAGGCUCGGCCAUGUCGAGCUCCCCGUCGCCGAGCAGUACGGUUCGCAAGAGGGAGUCUCCGUUGGAUUUGUCCGUGAAGACGGUGAAGACGUCGGCUGACUCUACAGCGCAGGAUGACUUGGAGGCCAUAAGCGGCGCCGAUAAGCAUGUCAGCAGCUCGAAUCUAGCCAGCUCGAGGAGCAGACCGAUGCCGCCUCCGCCCGUGCAUCAAUCGACGCCGGCCCAAUCGUCGUACCCGUCGUACGAUCAUCCGAGGCCCUCGAGCAACAGCUCGAGGAGUUCCAUGCCCUGCGUUCGAUCGUCGACGCCUCAGACGGUGUGCGCGCCGAAAGUCGACUUUCUGCCGGAUUUCAAUUCGGCGCCGCUGCGUCAUCAGUCGCACCACGAGAAUCCCCUACGUAGGAGCACCACGCAGCAGCUGUACGUUCCACCUGGCCAGCCCCUUCCGACUCACCACGCGAACAAUACCGCCCCACUGCCUCACAUGUCCACGUUCAAGAAGCGCCCACUGCCCACAUCGCCGCUGUACGACGGUCUGACGAUACCGCCGCCGCCUUCGUCGUCGUCCGCGUCGCUCGCGUCCUCGUCGUACGUCCAGGCGAACGAUUCUCCGAGGUUCUCCAAGUAUCCCCCGAUGAUGGACCCGUCGCAACGGCUCGUUCCAUCUACACUGCCCGCGCAAGACUAUCCGCCUGAUCCAAGCAAGUAUUAUCUAACGGACAGCAGGGCCAAGUACGAUCAGCAGUUCUCUCAGCGCGAGCGAAUGCCGCUGAAGAGAGCCGGGGAACAGAUCUACAGCGCAAGUCCCAGCAAGCAGUCGAGAUUGGCUUGGCACGUGCCGGGCGCCGCCGACAAGCAGGCGAUCAAGCCGAAAUUGUCGGCCGCGGGUACGCUGAAUGAGCAGCAGAAGCGACAGGAAAUGAAUAUGCCGGUACCUCUGCCGAACGGAGCUCUGCACCCCCUGGCGUCCGGUGCCUACGAUCAGAGAUCCGACGGCGGCGGUUAUUCCGUGCCGGAAUCGUCUAGGUACCAGCCGGCUUACUGUGAUAAAAGAACCUACGCGGAGUCCAAGACCAUGCGAAGCUCGCCGUCGUCGUACAAUCAUCCGGUGAUCUCGAAAUCGGUGAACGCGCACUCGUUGCCGCAACAAUUGAGCGGCGCUCAGCCGACUUACCCGAGUUAUCGUCAGUCAUCUCAGAAGACGACGUGUCUUCCGAGCGGCACGUCCGGCGGCCAGCCGAUGGACCAACCAAGCAACACCGGCGCCGACAAGAGGGUGCUCAGCUUGUUGAGAAACAGUCUGGAGAACAAGCAGCAGCGGGACGAGCAGCUCAACAGUCAGCAACCUAUCUUGGUCAAUCACAGUCAGCAGAGCUUCCAGAAUAAGGUCGUCGCGCCAGUCGAGCCUAAAACAAAUAUCGGCAGGCACAAUCUGUCACCGUUCACAGCAGCGAGUUUGCUGGAGCGUAACAGCAACACGCCGCCGCAUUACAAGCUCCAAGUUCCGCGGGCGGUAGACUCGAUUACUCAGGAGGCGCCUCGCAGCAUGUACGCGUCGAGAGUAAACGCAUCCGCCACGCUACCCGGCAAAGAAGCUUCCCUCGCGGGACCACGCGGUGCUGAGAAUCAGAUUCAUCGCGACAAGGACGACGGGCUGGCUGCUAUCUUAGCCGCGAAAAUCAGGACAAAGGCGGAACUCAAACAAGUCGGCAUCGGCCAAUUUACAACGAAAGCACCACCUCAAGAUACGUCGUCGACGCCGAAAGAGAUCGAUAGCGCGGCUUCGACGUCGACGCCGCAGUCGGGUUCGUCCGCGGGCAGCCCGCCGAAACUCACGCGCGAGAUCGUUUGCCUGCCGCCCAGGAGACGCUUGUUUUCGCGAACCGACGAGAACGACAACAUGCCGGUGGCCGUGCCUGUGCCCGUCGCUCCCCCGGUCGCGUCCGCGGUGCCGGCCAGAACAAGCGGCUGCAGAAGUUCCUCCGAGACCUCGGUCUUCGACUUCCGGGAGAGUGAUUCCGAAAGUGAGAUGCCGGUUCUCGAGCGACAGACCUUGGAGGAAAUGAGGAGGGAUAGAAAGCAGUUAUCUAAAGUGCAGCCACCGAUGCCUCUCAACGAUGCCGUAUGCAUCGCAUCUGCGACCGAUCUCGUGAAGAUAGAAUUGAAGGAGAAUGAUAAAAUCAAUGACAUUGAUUCAUUUUGGAGUGUCACCUGUGAUAAGUUUAUGGAGCAAUUGCGCGUGGGCGAUGCCGCGAAAAAACGAGGUCGCAGGAAAAAGUUGAGCGGCACUGGGACGUCGAAGCACGAAGACGGGAUUAACGACAGCGACAAGGAGUCGGAUAGCAAUGCGUCGCAUUCUCAAAUCAAGCCCGAAGAUAUCAAGAAGGAGCCGGAAGCUAGUAAAGAGGUAGAGGUAGUAAACUCAGUUUUCGAAGACAUCAAGAUCAAGACGGAGCCCGGCUUGGGGAAGGACGACGAUAAACAAUCGAGUGACGAUUCGGACGAAGUGCCGUUAAUUAAGAGGAAGAGGCAGGAGAAGAAAGAGGACAGCGAUUGUGACGAGGAAGUGAUAUGCCGGAGGAGAAGGAUACGUCGCGGCAGCAGAAUUAAACUCGAGUCCUCGAGCGGCAGCGAAUCGUCGAGCGAGGAGAGCGACGCCAGCACCGAGUUCGGUCACGGUUCGUCGGUGGCUGACAGACUUCGCGCUAGGAAACGAUCCACGGUCAACGUGUCCGAAGGCAUGAAGCUCCGUUCGAGAGACACGACUCCCCACAAGGCGAAGACGGACAAGGAGUCGAAAUUGUCGCCUCCCAAAGGUGGCACCUCUCAGAAAGCCAAGCCUAAGCCGCUGUUUGGCGAUGGCAGCGACUUCAGGCCCGGCUGGGAAGAGGAGGUUUACGUCUACAAGAAGUCUCUGCGAAUGCCGCCGAGAUUGAUAACAGUGUCGAAGCCGUCGCGUUUUCAUCGACUGUCCACGUCCUUGCCGGACUUGGAUCCUGGAUCGCCGGCGCUGUCCGUCUCGAUGGACAGCUCCGAUGUAUGUCUCGGUCGCAGUAAGAGAUUGGUGGACAGCGAUAUGGAAUCCAACUACAGCUUCAGCAUUGCUGGACUCGGCAGUAAAAUCGAUGACGAAGAGGCGACUUCGUCAACGACCGUUUCCUGCCCUCCGAAGGCCAUGAUAAAACAUUCCCGCUCGGAGAACAAUUCGAUCGUCGACGUUCUCGCGCAGAAGGUCGGCAGCGGUCAGAAGGACGCGAAGAAGAAGCAGAAUCCGAAGGGCGGUAAGAUUCUCAACAAGAGCAGCAACGAGCCGGAAUUGUUGCCGACACCGAGUCUCGCGCCGAUCCCGUCAUCCGAAACGUCGAAGAACUCUAGAAACAAGACCCCAUUAAAGAAUAAUAAAACCCCAAUCAAAGUCACCGAGUCGGUCCUCCUCGGCUACUUUCGCAAGGAGACGGUCAAUAAUUUCCGCGACGCGUUCAAGAACAAUCACACGUUGCCGAACGAAUUUUCCACUCUCGUGCUGAAGAGCAGAACGAGAACGGAGACGAAAGUUUUGAAGAAGGAGGCGACUAUUCGCGAGGUGUUCGGCGAGGACAGGCCCGCGUCGGCCCCGCCGAUGCAAAAUCACGACGACACGUCUCAGGAUGACGAUUCGCAGAACGAGACGCCGGAGAGCGCGUUGGGUAAGGUGCGGACGUUGAAGCAGAAAGUGGCGUCGCGCUUGAGGAACGCUGGUAUACUGAGGAGUCACAAAGCGAUCGUGAAUUCGAAGCGUCGCCUGUUAACCGCCGCGAGGCGACGGAAGGAUUUGUUGAAGUCACUCGCGGACAAAAAACUGCACCGUAUCAAGACUGAGAUGGAGCAGGAAGAAACGAACGACGCCAGGGAGGAGGAAAAUAACGAGAUGGAGGACGACAAGAACGAUCCGGAGACUCGUAAUAAAAAGAAACUGAAACUCCGGCCCGGCCGGCGAAAGUUCCGCUCCGGAUUCGAUUACAUCCGCAAGAAGAAGAAGCCACUGAAAAGGGACGAGGCGUUGCCAAAGGACAGAAAGAGACAAAGUCAGACUAGCAAGCCAAGUCCGGAAUGCGUAGCCGACAUACAAUCUGAAAUCAGGACGUGGGUUAUCAAAAAGGGUGUCGGAGAAACGAUAUUACACCGCGCCGCUCGCCUCGGUUACACGGACGUGACCGCUUAUUGCCUGGAGAAGCUCAACAACGCGCCGAGUCCCAAGGACAACGCGGGAUAUACGCCGCUUCACGAGGCUUGCGCCAAGGGUCAUCUGGAGAUCGCGAAGCUCCUGCUGGCUUACGGCGCGAACGUUAGUGAGAGCGCUAAUGGCGGUAUCAGGCCGCUUCACGAGGCGGCGGAGAAUGGUGCCACGGAACUCGUACGGUUGCUGCUGUCGUACGGCGCCGAUCCAUUGCUGGCCACUUAUUCCGGACAAACGCCGUUAAUGCUGGCCGUCGACACCGAAGCCAAUUCCAUUCUAGAGCAGCAUCUGGAUGAUGUUCAAGGUCGCACCACGGUGCCGUGGUCGUUCGCCGGUCCAGCUUCUCUCUUUGAUCCGGUAGAAACGGGCUACAAUCCGCUCGAUGACACUCCGCUGGACAGUCCGGAGUUGGAAUUGGACGACGUCGAGAUGGAAGUAAGCGAUGUCAACCUGCCCGUUCUCUUCACCCUGAACAACGACUCCGACAAGUGGGUGCUGCUUCAAGAUCUCAUGGCGAUUUUGAGGAUAAAGAGCCGCGACGCUCUGCUCCGCCAAAUCAAUCCGAAAGCGCCCUCCGGGCCGCCCGCGGUCGCGCAUCGCGACGUUAUGCGCGAGCUCAAGCUGUCGGAUUUCUUAGAACAAACGCACUGCUGUCAUCUACUGAGCGGCGGCGAGAGGAUCAACGUGCGCGGCUCCAAAGUCACCCUCAUCAAGUACAACGAUAAAGUGAAGUCCCUGCUGAACGUGGAGAAGGUGCUGAUCAGUCUUAGGUGACAGGAGGGGUCGCUGGGGCGACCGCAUCCCCAGACAUCGAAACCAUCGACCUCGAUUCCGGCCAAAGAGCACCAGAAGAAAGCCGAGCGCAAAGGCGCCGCUGUAAAACGCGAACGGCAGCAGGGAAGGAAGCGACAGGAGAUACGUAGCAAAAAUUCCACGGAUUGAGCAGCCAAUUUUAGCUGAUGAUGACUUAACGAGAUUUCACGACAACUGCGAGAAUCGCGACUACUCACGACCUACAAGUUCUCACUGGAAUGUGUGUGUCCGAAUUACAACGCGUUGAAAGAAAGACGAACAAGUUCCUUGCAAUACGUCGGAAGAAUCCUAAACGGGUGGCUGAGACUCGUUUCAUCAGGACGAUUGGACGCCCCGAAGAGAACAAGGGUGAUCGUUCCUGACACAACAAUGAAGAUCGGUGCUUUUACGCGUGUCCAAAGACUCUAUAACAUUUGUUGGUACUUACGUUUCGAAGGUAAAUUGAAUUGACUGAUGCUGAUAAUCGAUUUUCCACUCGCGAUCUGCAUUUUACUGGGCAUACACUUCUGGUGGAAUCAGUGAUACUCACGGGCCCUAGAAUUGUAUUUGUUUCAUGCCUUUGUACAUCGAUACAAUUUAGUUCGACCAAAGCGAUAAAAGAUAUAAUCGAUUCUUUCAUUAGCGGAUUAAGUGACGAAUCUUUCGCUAUAUCUCUUAUCCCUUGCACAGGUAAUAAAGAAAAUCGAUAAUCAGGUUACCGUGAGUGUAACGCGCAAUCAAACUCCGAAGCACGUAACCGAUACAAAUGUAAUUCUAAAUGAAACGAUCUACUACUUAAUGCGCAGCUAUGAGUGGGGACAACGGAAAACAGCUACCUGUGACAUUAUAUAGCAGUAUUUAAUUGGGAUAUGCGUAAUGUACGCGUGUAUAUCCAUAAAACGAUGAUAUUUUAUUAAUUCUCUUAAGGACUGAUUAAAUAAUCAGAAGUUCAUUAACGUAGCGCUUUUAGGCGAAUAAAAUGAGAAUUGUCGUUUAAGUGACGAGGACGACACGAGAAUGCAAAGACUUCUUCAACGGGAGAUUUUUCUCGAACCGAGUCUCGGAAUAGUGAUGACAAAAAUAACGAUAACGUAAAUAGUACUAAUAAAUUACUUUAGGAGUGCGAAAAAGAACGUAGCUGUCGUACCAGAUAUAUUUUUAUCUCGCACGUGGCUUCACGAAGUUUCUCUCUUUUUUUUUAAGAGACUUCACUCCAGGAUUUGUGGAGUUUGGGACGCGCGCUCGUGUGUGUUAAUGUUAGGUUUUUCCUCUUCGAACUGUUUGUAGAAUGCAUCGUUUUAAUACGAGAACCAAUGUUAAGGGCGUAACGUAAUUGAAAUCGCCACUGCGAUUGAUCAUGUUACCACACCUUUGUGUUAUUUUUCCCUUUUCUUGUAUUGAAAGAAUCGUAUGUUGCGUCGUGUGAGUUAUAUAUUUAUGAUAUGUGUCGUAACAUGUCGGGAAUAAGGUGCUUGAAAAACCUCGAAUGUGUUAAAAUUCAAUUUAUUGAGUCGAGAAUUAGCGUUUCUUGCAUUAAGAUGUGUAAUCCGCCGUCUAAGUUCUGUUGUUUUUAGUAUUUCUAAUUCUCUCUGGUAUUGUAUAUCGAUAUGUGUAAUACUGGAUCGUAUCCACACGAGGAUAUCUAUUUCUAAUUUGUUGCUUCCAGUUGAACAAUCAGCGUAAAUUCGGAUGGAAGACGGACUCGGCAGAGAGGUGUCAAUGGCUCAAUUCUUAAACGUGGGAAGUGCAAUUUCACGGAGUAACGUUUUUGUUUUGUUAAUCGGCUAGAUGCAUUAAAUAUUGUUUUUUAGAAGUUAGAAGAAAGAUAGGAAAUAUAUGUGUGUAUAUAUAUAUAUAUAUACAUAAAGUGCACACACACAUAUAUAUAUAUAUAUAUUAUUUCGAGUGUUCAUGUCGGUUAAACAUCGCCGAAUAACGCUCACUGUGCAAUAAUGUAUCUGUUUUCUUUUUUGCAUUUUAUCUUCGGUCCGUUUUUGUGAUGUCGGGGCAAUGUUGACGCGUCGCGUAUCGGUGAUCAGACACACGUUUAACAAAAUUUCUAAAGUGGAGGAGAGAAUUUCUUGCAAUACAAUAUAAUUAAGAACGAUACCGCGAUGAAGGCAUGAAUAAUAUUCGAAAUAAAGCUGCAAUUUUGUUAUUGUGAUUCGAAAUCGAGGACAAGUUGCGAAAAGAGAUGAAACAGCGAGUUUCCAUCAUCGGAGCGACGUCGUGUUCGAUCAAAGCAAUUUAGAAAUGUGAAUUUUAGGGAGAGACGAGGAGGCUAUUUUAAACAUUGACAGAGCCAAUUCGAUUGAUCGUACUUAUCGUCUCGCAGCAUUCCUGCGUGUCGACUUUUGGGCGGAAUGUGUAGGCGCAUCCGGGCGCCUAUCGUGUGCAAGUCUGCGAAUGUUGCGGGACAGGAUCGCGAAGGAAGGAUGAAGAAGCGCGGGGGUUCGCAGAUGCUUAGGAUGCCGCAAUACGCGUUUACUUUUGAUGCCGUGCAGUACAGAGGUUUCAAUCGUUAUAAUCUCAGUCUCAGGGAAAAAUCCACGUGUAUUCUUGAAAAUAACUUGACGAUGUACCGACUACGGGCGACAUAUGCGUUCGUGCGUGCGAGCGACGCGUAUCAGUGCGUGUGUGUACAGUAGUUAGUUGGAAAAAAAAAAAAAAGGGAGGGUUCACUCGUCGCGAGAGACGAUUAAUCAAUAUCUAAUUAACAUUGAGUGAUAUUAAUUGAUGUUAAUGCGAUGCGAUUCGUUGCGCGAGCGAUCCGCGUGCACUCGAACGUGGCUCCUCACAAUUUUAUUUAGCUGACGAUCGAUUAAAUAGAGACACAGUUGUAUUACCAAUUGUAUAUACCGACGAUAUUUUCAGCCGCGCAAACGAAACGAAGUAGUAGUAGAGAGAGGAGCGAAACGCGGAAGAGCGGAACGACAAGUAUACAACAAUGGUGUACGUACUGUAUAUGUAUCAUUUAUUCCUAAGUAGUCGAUGCGUAAAGUAUAAGUAGAAUGCGAAAUAAUACUUGUUUAUAUCAGCGCGUAUUAUCUGUGUAUAAUGUAAAGCAUUAAUCGACCUCGCGAAGUCACGUUGUAUAACAUGAUAAACGAAGUGUGUAUAUAUAUAUCUCACGUUGCGACUACUAGAACUAUAUUCCUAUUAUUACUACCACUGCUACUAUCACUACCGCGACUAUCGCUAUUUACUACUAUCACUACCACUUAUGAUUACUCGCUUUUUUAUUGUAUCAUAUAUACAUAGUAGCUAAUGAUGGAUGUACAUUUUCUUAGCCGUGUAACAUUCAGACAACGCUCCUCCCUUCUCGCCCCCCUUUGUAAUAUAUAUAUUCAAGAAACUUCUAAAUGUGUUAAAACUGCUGCUUUAAUGCGGAUAAAGAAACAGAAGUUAUAUAAAUAUAUAUAUAUAUAUAAAAAGAUGAACAAAUAUAUAAAUAUAAAUAUAUAUAUAUAUAUAUAUACAAAUAUAUAUAUUUUAUUUCAGAGAUUUAGUUCGAAAUAACGUUGACGAUGAACAAAUUAGAGUCUUACUGUGAUUCGUGUAAAGAGGAACUAUCGUUAUUAUUGUCACCGCCGUAGUCGUUAUAAGCGAGUCACGAUGGACCCGACGAAUGGACUUUCUAAUGAGGAAAUGAAUAUUUGUGAUUUUUUUUCGCUAAUAACAAUAACGAGUUAUCCGAUCGAUGUAAUAAAAACAAAUAUUUUUAUCGAAA